AAGGCGAGCGUGAGCUGCUUCGAAUGCUUGGAAUAAUUCCGCUUCCGUUUGGGAAGCCGCAGCCUCAGUCCCGCCGCCGCCGCCCGCCGCGUCCGCUCAGCUCCAGCGCCGCGUCCCGCCCGGCCCGCGGCUGCCCGCUCCGCCGCCAUGGCCACCUCCCCGCAGAAGUCCCCCUCUGCCCCCAAGUCCCCCACUCCCAAGUCGCCCCCGUCCCGCAAGAAAGAUGACUCCUUCCUGGGGAAACUCGGGGGCACCCUGGCCCGGAGGAAGAAAGCCAAGGAGGUGUCCGAGCUGCAGGAGGAGGGCAUGAACGCCAUCAACCUGCCCCUCAGCCCGAUCCCGUUCGAGCUGGACCCUGAGGACACCAUGCUGGAGGAGAACGAAGUGCGAACCAUGGUGGAUCCAAACUCCCGCAGCGACCCCAAACUUCAGGAGCUGAUGAAGGUUUUAAUUGACUGGAUUAAUGACGUGUUGGUUGGAGAAAGAAUCAUCGUGAAGGACCUGGCUGAAGAUUUGUACGACGGACAAGUCCUGCAGAAGCUAUUCGAGAAACUCGAGAGCGAGAAGCUAAAUGUCGCCGAGGUCACCCAGUCAGAGAUUGCGCAGAAGCAGAAGCUGCAGACGGUCCUGGAGAAGAUCAACGAGACCCUGAAGCUUCCUCCCAGGAGCAUCAAGUGGAACGUGGACUCUGUUCACGCCAAGAGCCUCGUGGCCAUUCUGCACCUGCUGGUUGCUCUGUCUCAGUAUUUCCGGGCACCGAUUCGACUCCCAGACCAUGUUUCCAUCCAGGUGGUUGUGGUCCAGAAACGAGAAGGAAUCCUCCAGUCGCGGCAAAUCCAAGAGGAAAUAACUGGUAACACAGAGGCUCUCUCCGGAAGGCAUGAGCGUGACGCCUUUGACACCUUAUUCGACCACGCACCAGACAAACUCAACGUGGUGAAGAAGACGCUCAUCACCUUCGUGAACAAGCACCUGAAUAAACUGAACCUGGAGGUCACAGAACUGGAAACCCAGUUUGCAGAUGGGGUGUACCUGGUGCUGCUCAUGGGGCUCCUGGAGGGCUACUUUGUGCCCCUGCACAGCUUCUUCCUGACCCCGGACAGCUUUGAACAGAAGGUCUUGAACGUCUCCUUUGCCUUUGAGCUCAUGCAAGACGGAGGGUUGGAAAAGCCCAAGCCGCGGCCAGAAGUUCUCUGCUGUGGCCUGGGAAAGCAGUAGAAGACGGCGCAGGUACUUGGGCUCCUGGAUCUGCGUGGGAGACCCCGAAGAGGCUCCUGGCUCCUGGCCUCCAAUUGGCCCAGUUCCAGCUGUUGUGGCAUCUGGGGAGUGAACCAGAGGAUGGAAGACCUCUCUGCCUGUGCCUUUCUGUAGCUCUGCCUUUCAAAUAAAUAAACCUUAAAAAAAAAAAAUAAAUGAAGUGAUCAGUUGGAGAUAUUCUUCUCUACUGGACAUUUUGUUUUUCUAGCAACCUCAGCUCAUCCGUCUUUAAAAAUGGGAAGGUAUGGGGCAGACAUUGUGGCUUAGGGGGUUAAGCUGCUGCUUGGAAUUCCCUCACCCACCCCCGCAUCUCAGAGCACCUGGGAUCAAGCCCAGCCUCUGCUUCCAUCCGGCUUCCUGAUGAUGCCCCUGCCACUUACGUGAAAGACCUGGAUGGCGCUCCUGGCUCUGCCUGGCUUGGCUUGGCCCAGCCCAGGCUGUUGGAGGCAUUUGAGGAGCGAGCCAGUGGAUGGAAGAUAAUAUAUGUGCCUUUCAAACAAAUUUUUAAAAUGAAAUAAACAGGCAUUUUGAAAAAUAAGAAGGGGAAACAGACUUCCCUGCUUCCACCCAGAGCCGUCCUGCAUCAGGUCCACACUCCGGCUCUCCGUCCCAGGCCACUGCUUCCCCUUCUAAUCUGCCCACCGUGCUAACACUCCACCUCCACCUGCUCAUGGCCUUGCUCUCCCCAGGGGAAUGCUUUCCCGUCUUUUACCUCGUGACCUUCUUGGGGAGUGUGAGUCUGUUGGCCACCCCCUCUUUCUGGGAUUUUCUUCCGUGGCUCUUGGAACACCGGGCGACCAUUCAUGUAGCUGUGCACACCCUUGCAGGGUCUCUGCAGGCCCAGCACCGGGCUGACAGCAAAACAAGGUGAGCAGAGGCAGGCGUGACCUGAGUAAGGUCCAGAACUGGAAUGAGCGCUAUGAGGAGCAGCAUAGGGGCUUUGCGGUCACAAAGCAGGGCACCCUCACCCGGGCCAGGCCCUGAGGGGCUUCCCCGAGGAGCUGUGCUUUGAUCCGGUGUCUGCAGGAGGAUCAGAAAGCAGAUAGUUGGGAAGGGCAAUCGAGAUGUUGCAACAGCAUGAGCAGAGGCCAAGCCCAGGGAGUGUCACGGGGAUGCAUGGGGUAGGGGCCAGCGUGGCCUGAAACGAGACUGGAAAGGUAGGCUGAGUCAGGCUAUCCCUUGCAAAGCUGUGACUGAGAAUGUUGGAGCUCAUCGUAAGUGAAAUGGCUGUAUGGCCCUACAAGUUGAGAGCUGCAUAACUCGAGGGAACACAGUUUGUAGUGUAGUCUAUGGAAAUGUGAAGGAUGGGCCCUGGGGUUAUGCAGUGCACAUCCCGCACAACCAUACCCAGAGCUGCGUGCAGUGGGUAGAAUGGGUCGGCAAGAACAAGCGUCUCUAAGGAGCUCACUUAGAGCUCAGCACAGAGACCCUGAUAGGACAUUAUUUUCCCCUGUUGAAGCUCAUUCCCUUUGUGAGCUCACCUUCGCCCCUGCCUACCUUUUGAGCAACCCCAGGGUGACUUCCUGAUGUUUGGCUUGAGAGGAAUUGAAGAAACACUCAGCACCAAGCUGUUGGGAGAAGACAGGAAUCGGGCCAGAGCGGGGCACGGGAUUGCACCUGGCAGGAGUACAGCUCAGCUCAGGAGAAGCUGGGCAGUGUAUCGGGGCUCAGUCACUGGUCGGGGCCCCAGGUGAGGCUCAGGUAGGUAGGGCAGCAGAAAGGGAAGCUGUGAGCCCCAGGCCUCUCAGGUGGUCUUGGGAGCAAUUGGUCUCUCAGCAAGAGAACUUGGCUCAUGGUCCUAGGCCAGCUGGGUGGAGUAGGGCUGGCCUACAAACAGGCUAAGUCCUGGGAGGGGGCAGGCAGGAGGGGUACAAGGUUGGGGAGACCUCAGGGAGGUUCCCCAGCCCAGAGCCCCGAGCCUGUGGCUCAGUCAGCAUUUGUCUGUGCAGUGCCUGGAACCUGGAGCCCGAGUGUGCCUGACUGUGGCACCCAUAGCUACACGAGUCCCCAGGCCAAGGCCUGGGAGCCAGAGCCUCCUACUCUGCACCCUGCACCUGUUGGUCGACUCCUGACAUAUCCCCCCACCCCCCGCCCGAAGGCUCAGCACCACCUUGGAAUCCCAGGGCGUUUAUCAUCUUCUCUUAUGUCCCUUACCCCAUCUGACCUCCUGCAUGGUUACAUCAUUAACAGUCAUUGCUAUAGCAAAAAGUACAUGCGGAAAGACACAUCAAACAUAAACGUACAAGUCCGUGAACUAUUAUCAAGUGAGCCUCCACCCAGGUCAAGGACAAAGGUAACUCGAGAUCCCAGAAGCUCCCUCCAGGUCACCCCAUUCCCCUUUCAACAUGAUCCUCCACUUCCUCCCCAAAGGUUAACCUCUGUGCCAACUUAUGCGCAUCAGGGUUUUGCCCUUGGUUUCUCUUUCCUUUUACUACCUAAGUAUGCAUUUCUAAACAGCAGAGUGCCUUUUCUGUUCUUUGAAAGAUGGCUCUCUAGGGGAGUGCAGGGGGACAAGGAGGUGGAGGAGCCGGGGGAGGUGGGGAUAGCUGGGCAGCUGCAGAAAGUGCUGGCCAGUCCUUAGAUGGAAGGGAGGUGAAAAGCAAAGAGACUAAGUAAAAUGUGUCAGGGGCUUGUGUCCAGUGGGUAGCCCCCAGCUUUCUGCCUACAAAAUCAUCCAAGUUCUACAUUUUGAAAUUAAGUCCUUCCAGGAUCCAACCACCUGUCCCUCAACUUCUCCAGCCAUGUUAAUGCACUUGAAGUUCUCUAGAAUAGCAGGAUUUAAUGAAACACACUAAAAGGCUGGUAUUGUGGUACAGUGGGACACUCCUGCUACACCAGCAUCCCCUCCCCUUUUUUUUAAGAUUUAUUUGUUUGACACAGUUAUAGAGAGGUAGAGACAGAGAAAGAGAUCUUCCAUCUGCUGGUUCACUCCCCAAAUGGCCACCACGGCCAGAGCUGGGCCAAUCGGAAACAAGGAGCUUCUUCCAGGUCUCCCACAUGGGUGCAGGGGCCCAGGACUUAGGCCAUCCUCUGCUGCUCUCUCAGGCACAUUCACAAGGAGCUGGCUUGGAAGUGGAGCAGCCAGGACUCAAACUGGUGCCCAUAUGGGAUGCUGGCACUGCAGGCCAGGGCUUUAACCCUCUGCACCACAGCACCGGUCCCACCAGCAUACCUUUUCAAAGUACUAUUUACAUUCCUGGCUGUUCUUCAGAUCUAGCUCUUUGCUAUCGCACCUGAGAAGGCAGCAGAUGAUGGCCUAAGUGCUUGGUCCCCUGCCAUCCACAUAGGAGACCCGGAUAGAGUUCUGGGCUCCUGAAUUUAGCCUGGCACAGACCUGGCUGUUGAAGCCAACUAAGGAAUGAACCAGUGGAAUGGAAGAUCUCUCUUCUCACUCUGUCUCCCACCCUUCUUCCUCCCUCCCAUACUCUGUCACUCUGCCUCUCAAAUAAAUAAAUCUUCUGUAAAAUCGAGAUACACUGGUGCCAGUGUUGUGGCAUAGUAGAUAAAGCCAGCACCUGUAACGCUGGCAUCUCAUAUAGUCGCUGGUCUGAGUCCCAGCCACUCCACUUCUGAUCCAGCUCCCUGCUAAUGCACCUGGGAAUAAGCAGCAGAGGCUGGAUCAAGUGCUUGGGUCUCUCGCCCACACUGGAGUCUCGGAUGAAACUCCGACUUUAGCCUGGCUCAGCCCUGGGAAAUGAACUAGCAGAUGCAGGAUCUCUGUCUCUCCUUCUCUGUGUAACUCUGACUUUCAAAUAAAUAAAUAAAUAAAUAAAUAAA